AUGUGGGUGACCAAGCUCCUGCCCCUGCUGGUGCUGCAGCAGCUCCUCCUGCACCUCCUCCUGCUGCCCGUCGCCGUCCCCCGUGCAGAAGGACAGAAGAAAAGAAGAAACACACUUCAUGAAUUCAAAAAGUCAGCAAAGACUACUCUAAUUAAAGAAGACCCAUUACUGAAGAUAAAAACAAAAAAAAUGAACACUGCAGACCAAUGUGCCAAUAGAUGUAUUAGGAAUAAAGGACUUCCAUUCACUUGCAAGGCCUUUGUUUUUGAUAAAGCAAGGAAACGAUGCCUCUGGUUCCCUUUCAAUAGCAUGACAAGUGGAGUGAAAAAAGAGUUUGGUCAUGAAUUUGAUCUCUAUGAAAACAAAGACUACAUUAGGAACUGCAUCAUUGGUAAAGGAGGUAGCUACAAGGGGACAGUGUCUAUCACUAAGAGUGGCAUCAAAUGCCAGCCCUGGAAUUCCAUGAUACCACAUGAACACAGCUUUUUGCCUUCGAGCUAUCGGGGUAAAGACCUACAGGAAAACUACUGUCGAAAUCCUCGAGGGGAAGAAGGGGGACCUUGGUGUUUCACAAGCAAUCCAGAGGUACGCUACGAAGUCUGUGACAUUCCUCAGUGUUCAGAAGUUGAAUGCAUGACCUGCAAUGGGGAAAGUUAUCGAGGUCCCAUGGAUCACACAGAAUCGGGCAAGAUUUGUCAGCGCUGGGAUCAUCAGACACCGCACCGGCACAAAUUCUUGCCGGAAAGAUAUCCCGACAAGGGCUUUGAUGAUAAUUAUUGCCGCAACCCUGAUGGCAAGCCGAGGCCAUGGUGCUAUACUCUUGACCCUGACACCCCCUGGGAGUACUGUGCAAUUAAAAUGUGUGCUCACAGUACUAUGAAUGAUACAGAUGUCCCUAUGGAAACAACUGAAUGCAUUCAAGGUCAAGGAGAAGGUUACCGGGGCACCAUCAAUACCAUUUGGAAUGGAGUUCCGUGUCAGCGUUGGGAUUCCCAGUAUCCUCACCAGCAUGACAUAACUCCUGAAAAUUUCAAGUGCAAGGACCUAAGAGAAAAUUAUUGCCGAAAUCCAGAUGGGGCUGAGUCACCCUGGUGUUUUACCACUGAUCCAAACAUCCGAGUUGGCUACUGCUCCCAAAUUCCAAAAUGUGAUGUGUCAAGUGGACAAGAUUGUUAUCGGGGGAAUGGCAAAAAUUAUAUGGGCAAUUUAUCCAAAACACGAUCUGGACUAACAUGUUCAAUGUGGGAGAAGAACAUGGAAGACUUACAUAGGCAUAUCUUCUGGGAACCAGAUGCUAGUAAGCUGAAUAAGAAUUACUGCCGGAAUCCUGAUGACGAUGCCCAUGGUCCCUGGUGUUACACGGGAAAUCCUCUCAUUCCAUGGGAUUAUUGUCCUAUUUUUCGUUGUGAAGGUGAUACCACACCUACAAUAGUCAAUUUAGACCAUCCUGUAAUAUCUUGUGCCAAAACAAAACAAUUACGAGUUGUAAAUGGAAUUCCAACACGGACUAAUGUAGGAUGGAUGGUUAGUUUGAAAUACAGAAAUAAACAUAUCUGUGGAGGAUCAUUGAUAAAGGAAAGUUGGAUUCUUACUGCAAGACAAUGUUUCCCCUCUCGAAACAGAGACUUGAAAGAUUAUGAAGCUUGGCUUGGGAUUCAUGACGUCCACGGAAAAGGAGAUGAGAAACGCAAACAGGUUCUGAAUGUUUCCCAGCUGGUAUAUGGGCCUGAAGGAUCAGAUCUGGUAUUACUGAAGCUUGCUAGGCCCGCUAUCCUGGAUGAUUUUGUUAGUACAAUCGAUUUACCUAAUUAUGGAUGCACCAUUCCUGAAAAAACCACUUGCAGUGUUUAUGGCUGGGGUUAUACUGGAUCGAUCAACUUUGAUGGUCUAUUACGAGUAGCACAUCUCUAUAUUAUGGGGAAUGAGAAAUGCAGCCAAUACCAUCAAGGGAAGGUGACACUGAAUGAGUCUGAAAUAUGUGCUGGAGCUGAAAAUAUUGUAUCAGGACCAUGUGAGGGAGAUUAUGGUGGCCCACUUGUUUGCGAACAACAUAAAAUGAGGAUGGUUCUUGGCGUCAUUGUUCCUGGUCGUGGAUGUGCCAUUCCAAAUCGUCCUGGCAUUUUUGUCCGAGUAGCAUAUUAUGCAAAAUGGAUACACAAAAUUAUAUUAACGUAUAAGAUACAACAGUCAUAGCUGAUGUAACUGUGUCUGAAGCUUCCAUCAAUACAAUUCUCUUUUACACGAAGAUUUCGGAGAACAUGGAAUUAAAGUGUCACUUAAAACAAUCCUAAGACAACUACUUGAGUGUCAUGUUUGUUAAGAUACUCAUUAAUAUUUAUGGGUGUUUUCUGUUGUUUUGUUUGUCAGUGUUAUUUUGUAAAUGUUGAAGUGAAUUAAGGUACAUGCAAGUGUAGUAACAUAUCUCCUGAAGAUACUUGAAUGGAUUAAAAAUUGCAAAGGUAUAAUUGCUGGAUGAUAAAAGAUUUAACAGAAAAGUUCAAUUAAUCUCUACGCUGCUUUCCAAGGUUAGUUUAUGAAUAAACCAUAAGUUAAACAUUAUUUUAACCUCACAAAGACAAUUUAUACCUGUGUCCUUAAA